AUGGUCAGCUCCUGUUGUGGCUCCACCUGUGGUGGCCUAAGCUGUGGUUCUGGCUGCUGCCGCCCCAGCUGCUGUGUGUCCAGCUGUUGUCAGCCCUGCUGCCGCCCCAGCUGUUGUGUGUCCAGCUGCUGCCAGCCCUGCUGCCGCCCCAGCUGUUGUGUGUCCAGCUGCUGCCAGCCCUGCUGCCGCCCCAGCUGCUGUGUGUCCAGCUGCUGCCAGCCCUGCUGCCGCCCCAGCUGCUGCCAGCCCUGCUGCCACCCCACCUGCUGCCAGACCACCUGCUGCAGAACCACCUGUUGCCGCCCAACCUGCUGUGGCUCCUCCUGCUGCCGCCCCAGCUGCUGCAUUUCUAGCUGCUGCCGCCCCUGCUGCUGUGUGUCCAACUGCUGCCAGCCCUGCUGCCGCCCCACCUGCUGCCAGACUACCUGCUGCAGAACCACUUGCUGCCGCCCCAGCUGUUGUGUGUCCAGCUGCUGCCAGCCCUGCUGCCGCCCCAGCUGUUGUGGGUCCAGCUGCUGCCAGCCCUGCUGUCGCCCCACCUGCUGUGGGUCCAGCUGCUGCCAGCCCUGCUGCCGCCCCAGCUGCUGUAUUUCUAGUUGCUGCCAGCCCUGCUGCCGCCCCAGCUGCUGUGGGUCCAGCUGCUGCCAGCCUUGCUGCCGCCCCACCUGCUGCCAGACCACCUGCUGCAGAACCACCUGUUGCCAUGCCAGUUGCUGUGGCUCUGGCUGCUGCCGCCCCAGCUGCUGUGUGUCCAGCUGUUGUCAGCCCUGCUGCCGCCCCACCUGCUGCCAGACCACCUGCUGCAGAACCACUUGCUGCCGCCCCAGCUGCUGCAUUUCUAGCUGCUGCCGCCCCACCUGCUGUGUGUCCAGCUGCUGCCAGCCCUGCUGCCGCCCCACCUGCUGCCAGACCACCUGCUGCAGAACCACUUGCUGCCGCCCCAGCUGCUGUAUUUCUAGUUGCUGCCAGCCUUGCUGCCAGCCUUGCUGCUGUCCCACCUGCUGCAGAACCACUUGCUGCCGCCCCAGCUGCUGUAUUUCUAGUUGCUGCCAGCCCUGCUGCCGCCCCAGCUGCUGUGGGUCCAGCUGCUGCCAGCCCUGCUGCCAGCCUUGUUACAGCCCCACCUGCUGCCAGACCACCUGCUGCAGAACCACCUGUUGCCAUCCAACCUGCUACUCUGAACCCACCAACGCCAUGGUCAGCUCCUGUUGUGGCUCCACCUGUGGUGGCCUAAGCUGUAGCUCUGGCUGCUGCCGCCCCAGCUGCUGUGUGUCCAGCUGCUGCCAGCCCUGCUGCCGCCCCACCUGCUGCAUUUCUAGCUGCUGCCGCCCCACCUGCUGCCAGACCACCUGCUGCAGAACCACUUGCUGCCGCCCCAGCUGUUGUGUGUCCAGCUGCUGCCAGCCCUGCUGCCGCCCCAGCUGUUGUGGGUCCAGCUGCUGCCAGCCCUGCUGCCGCCCCACCUGCUGCAUUUCUAGCUGCUGCCGCCCCACCUGCUGCCAGACCACCUGCUGCAGAACCACUUGCUGCCGCCCCAGCUGCUGUAUUUCUAGUUGCUGCCAGCCUUGCUGCUGUCCCACCUGCUGCAGAACCACUUGCUGCCGCCCCAGCUGCUGUAUUUCUAGUUGCUGCCAGCCCUGCUGCCGCCCCAGCUGCUGCAUCAAUCCCUGCUGCCGCCCCAGCUGCUGUGUGUCCAGCUGCUGCCAGCCCUGCUGCCGCCCCAGCUGCUGUGUGUCCAGCUGCUGCCAGCCCUGCUGCCGCCCCAGCUGCUGUGUGUCCAGCUGCUGCCAGCCCUGCUGCCGCCCCAGCUGCUGUGUGUCCAGCUGCUGCCAGCCCUGCUGCCGCCCCAGCUGCUGUGUGUCCAGCUGCUGCCAGCCCUGCUGCCGCCCCAGCUGCUGUGUGUCCAGCUGCUGCCAGCCCUGCUGCCGCCCCAGCUGCUGUGUAUCCAGCUGCUGCCAGCCCUGCUGCCGCCCCAGCUGCUGUGUGUCCAGCUGUUGUCAGCCCUGCUGCCGCCCCUGCUGCUGCAUUUCUAGCUGCUGCCGGCCCUGCUGCUGCCAGCCCUGCUGCCGCCCCACCUGCUGUGUAUCCAGCUGCUGCCAGCCCUGCUGCCGCCCCAGCUGCUGUGUGUCCAGCUGCUGCCAGCCCUGCUGCCGCCCCAGCUGCUGUGUGUCCAGCUGCUGCCAGCCCUGCUGCCGCCCCAGCUGCUGUGUGUCCAGCUGCUGCCAGCCCUGCUGCCGCCCCAGCUGCUGUGUAUCCAGCUGCUGCCAGCCCUGCUGCCGCCCCAGCUGCUGUGUGUCCAGCUGUUGUCAGCCCUGCUGCCGCCCCUGCUGCUGCAUUUCUAGCUGCUGCCGGCCCUGCUGCUGCCAGCCCUGCUGCCGCCCCACCUGCUGUGUGUCCAGCUGCUGCCAGCCCUGCUGCCGCCCCACCUGCUGCAGAACCACUUGCUGCCACCCCAGCUGCUGUAUUUCUAGUUGCUGCCAGCCUUGCUGCCAGCCUUGCUGCCGUCCCACCUGCUGUAGAACCACUUGCUGCCGCCCCAGCUGCUGUAUUUCUAGUUGCUGCCAGCCUUGUUGCAGCCCCACCUGCUGCCAGACCACCUGCUGCAGAACAACCUGUUGCCGCCCAACCUGCUGUGUCAGCUCCUGUUGUGGCUCCACCUGUGGUGGCCUAAGCUGUGGCUCUGGCUGCUGCCGCCCCAGCUGCUGUGUGUCCAGCUGUUGUCAGCCCUGCUGCCCCCCCCCCAGUUGCUGCAUUUCUAGCUGCUGCCGGCCCUGCUGCUGUGUGUCCAGCUGCUGCCAGCCCUGCUGCCCCCCCUGCUGCUGCAUUUCUAGCUGCUGCCACCCCAGAUGCUGUGUGUCUAGCUGCUGCCAGCCCUGUUGUCGCCCCACCUGCUGCCGCCCCACUUGCUGCCAGACCACCUGCUGCAGAACUACUUGCUGCCGCCCAAGCUGCUGUGUUUCUAGUUGUUGCCAACCCUGCUGCCGCCCCAGCUGCUGUGUGUCCAGCUGCUGCCAGCCCUGUUGUCGCCCCACCUGCUGCCGCCCCACUUGCUGCCAGACCACCUGCUGCAGAACCACUUGCUGCCGCCCAAGCUGCUGUGUUUCUAGUUGUUGCCAACCCUGCUGCCGCCCCAGCUGCUGUGUGUCCAGCUGCUGCCAGCCCUGCUGCCGCCCCAGCUGCUGUGUGUCCAGCUGCUGCCGCCCCAUUUGCUGCCAGACCACCUGCUGCCAGCCUUGCUGCCGCCCCAUUUGCUGCCAGACCACCUGCUGCCGCCCAGCCUGCUGUGGCUCCUCCUGCUGCUGA